AAGGGGGGUAAGGCAGCCCACCAAAAGUGCAGCAGCGUCUUUUCCCCUGUUCCCUCGCCAGCCCCUCAGUAUUACAUUAUGCUGGUGUACCCGAUCCUCCGUGCUCGAGUCGUUCCGCAAAUCCCGAUCAACUUUCCAGAGCGGGCGGUUGUUGUCGCCAUAGCAGAACCCGGGGAAACCGACUUGGAUCAGAGGGAUCCUCACGUUUAAUAAAAGUGAAGUUGUGGGAGGAGGAGGGUGGAGGAGGAGGAGGGGAGGCAGCCGCGGAGGAAAAAGCUCUCUGAAGUUUUGGCUCCAACCCACCUCCCCUCCCCUCUCCCAUCCACCAACCUCCCCCCCCCAAACCCGUGCAGCAACAAGGCGAAAGAAGGGACUUACUAUUUUUGCAAAAGGGGGGGUAGAAAGGUUGAUCGGCUGCAACGAAGCGGCACAAACCACCAUGCAUCUUGUGUUAUGGGCAGUGGGAUUAAGCACGCUAUUUCUGCAAGACUUCUUGAAUGUAGCCGGUGCAGCAGCAGCAAGGAAGAGAGGGUUGCAUCCAAGACAAGCUAAACAGCUGGAGACGCUGAGCGAGUAUGAGAUAGUGACUCCCACCCGGGUGAAUGAACUUGGAGAGCCUUUUCCAACCAAGGACCACUUUCAAAGGAAGAAGCGAAGCCUUCAUUUGGACACUGAGGCCUGGGGCCCGGAUGCUACCUCCUCCUCUUCUUCCAGUACUACUCAAGCACACUACAAGCUCACAGCCUUUGGGCAGCAGUUCUUUUUCAAUCUUACAGCCCAUUCGGGAUUUAUUGCCCCUCUUUUUACUGUCAGCGUCCUGGGAGUACCUGAGGUUAACCAAACAAACUUUUACACCGAGGAGGAAAGUGAUAUUAAACACUGUUUUUAUAAGGGACAUGUCAAUACGAAGCCCCAACACACUGCAGUCAUCAGCCUCUGUUCUGGGAUGCUAGGCAUGUUCAGGUCUCAUGAUGGAGAGUAUUUUGUAGAGCCACUGAUAUCACCUGACCAGCAAGAGUCCACAGAAGAGCAUGAAAAGCCACAUGUGGUGUACAGACACAGUUUACCUCCAACAGUCUUGCCAAGGGACAAGCAGACUUGUGACACUUCAGGGCAUAAAAAAAGUCACAGAAAGUUUAAGAGGCGAAGCAAGAUAAGACAGCAGCCCCCAGAGAGCAUAUUAUCUGAUGUGGAGACACUGAAACGUAGCUUGGCCUCAGCACAGUCUCUGGCAUCCAAUAAAAACAAGGCUGAGAAAAACACUUGCCGAAGAGCCAAGCGAUUCCUCUCCUAUCCUCGAUACGUGGAGGUCAUGGUGGUGGCAGACAGCCGGAUGGUUGCUUAUCAUGGAGCAAAUCUACAGCACUAUAUUUUGACAUUAAUGUCCAUAGUAGCUUCUAUCUAUAAAGACCCAAGCAUUGGAAAUUUAAUUAAUAUUGUUAUUGUGAAAUUGACCGUCAUACAUAAUGAACAGGAUGGCCCUUCCAUAUCUUACAAUGCUCAGACGACACUGAAAAACUUUUGUCAAUGGCAGCAAACUCAGAACCACCCUAAUGAAGAGCAUCCUGAUAAACAUGACACUGCUGUAUUAGUGACAAGACAGGAUAUUUGUAGAGCUCACGAGAAAUGUGAUACUUUAGGUCUGGCUGAACUGGGUACAGUCUGUGAUCCGUACCGGAGCUGUUCAAUUAGUGAAGACAGUGGACUAAGUACUGCUUUUACAAUUGCACAUGAACUUGGCCAUGUAUUUAACAUGCCUCAUGAUGACAACAAUAAGUGCAAAGAAGAUGGAGGGAAAAACCAACAACAUGUUAUGGCGCCCACCCUGAACUACAACACCAACCCCUGGAUGUGGUCAAAAUGCAGCCGGAAAUACAUCACAGAAUUCCUAGACACUGGUUAUGGAGAGUGUUUGCUUGACGAACCUUCAUCUAGAACGUACACUUUGCCUCAACAACUUCCAGGAUACAUAUAUGAUGUCAACAAGCAGUGUGAGUUAAUUUUUGGGCCUGGAGCUAAGGUUUGCCCCUAUAUGCAGAAGCAGUGCAGAAGACUCUGGUGCAUCAAUGCGGACGGAGCGCAUAAAGGAUGCCGCACUCAACACACGCCUUGGGCUGAUGGGACGGAAUGUGGCGUAGGAAAGCACUGCAAAUUUGGCCACUGUGUUCCCAGAGAGCGAGAAGUACCUGUGAUGGAUGGGGCAUGGGGCACGUGGAGUCCCUUUGGAGCAUGCUCACGAACAUGUGGUGGGGGCAUUAGAAGUGCUGUUCGAGAAUGCAACAGGCCUGAACCAAAAAAUGGUGGAAAAUACUGUGUGGGACGCCGAAUGAAAUUUAAAUCCUGCAACACUGAACCAUGUUCUAAGCAAAAGAAAGAUUUUCGCGAUGAACAAUGUGCAGUCUUUGAUGGGAAGCAUUUUAACAUUAAUGGUCUACCUCCUAAUGUGCGCUGGGUUCCUAAAUAUAGUGGAAUUUUAAUGAAAGAUAGGUGCAAGCUCUUCUGCAGAGUGGCAGGAAACACGGCCUAUUAUCAACUCAGGGACAGGGUUAUUGAUGGCACCCCUUGUGGCCCAGACACAAAUGACAUCUGUGUACAAGGACUUUGUCGGCAAGCUGGAUGUGAUCAUGUGCUCAAUUCCAAAGCCAGAAGAGAUAAAUGCGGUGUGUGUGGCGGCGAUAAUUCAUCAUGCAAAACUGUUGCAGGGACAUUCAAUACAGUGCACUAUGGUUAUAACACUGUGAUACGCAUACCAGCCGGUGCUACAAAUAUUGACGUGCGGCAGCAUAGUUACUCAGGGAAACCAGAAGAUGAUAACUACCUUGCAUUGUCAAGCAACGAAGGCUUCAUAUUAAACGGCGACUAUGUUGUCAGCAUGUUUAAGAAGGAAAUCAAAGUUGGAAAUGCUGUGAUAGAAUACAGUGGCUCAGAUGCUCCCAUUGAACGAAUCAAUUCUACAUACCGUAUUGAUCAAGAAAUAAUUCUUCAGGUUUUAUCCGUGGGUAAUUUAUAUAACCCUGAUGUUCGAUACACAUUCAGUAUCCCCAUUGAAGAUAAACCUCAGCAGUUUUAUUGGAAUAUCUAUGGCCCUUGGCAACCGUGCAGUAAACUGUGCCAAGGGGAACGAAAAAGGAAACUUGUUUGCACCCGAGAAUCUGACCAGCUCACAGUAUCCGAUCAAAGAUGUGAUCAAAUUCCCCAACCUGAUCCAAUAACUGAGUUGUGCAAUACAAACUGUGAAUUAAGGUGGCAUGUUGCCAAAAAGAGUGAAUGCACAGUGCAGUGUGGGUUGGGGUACCAAACACUGGAGAUCUCCUGCACAAAGUACAACAAGUUAGAAGGGAAAAUUGAGAAAUUCGAUGACCGAUACUGCAGCGGCAUCCCCAAGCCAAGCUCUAGGGAAAAAUGUUCCACAGAAUGUAACGCUGGAGGAUGGCGCUAUUCAGCCUGGACAGAGUGUUCUAAGAGCUGUGGAGGCGGCACAAAGAGGCGGCGAGCUGUCUGCAUGAACACCUUCAAUGAUGUUCUGGAGGACAGCAAAUGUAGUCAGCAGGAGAAGGUGACUGUGCAGCGAUGCAACGACCUGGCAUGCCCGCAGUGGAAGACCGGUGAUUGGUCAGAAUGCUUGGUAACCUGUGGGAAAGGGCACAAACACCGCCAGAUAUGGUGCCAGUUUGGAGGAGACCGCUUAAACGAUCGACUUUGCAAUCUUGAGAGUAAACCAGAUUCUGUGCAAAGUUGUCAGCAACAGGAGUGUGCUGCAUGGCAAGUAGGACCUUGGGGUCAGUGCUCUGUAACAUGUGGGCAGGGCUAUCAGAUGAGAGCAGUCAAAUGUGUGGUUGGUUCCUAUAUGUCGGUGGUAGAUGAUAACGAGUGCAAUGCUGCUACCAAACCAACGGAUGCACAGGACUGUGAAACAGCACCAUGUCGCCUCCACCCAGGAAACCCAGAAACAAAGCAAAACAGCCAUAGAACCCAAUGGAGAUUUGGAUCCUGGACUCCUUGCUCGACUACAUGUGGGAAAGGCACCAGGAUGAGAUACGUCAGCUGUCGUGAUGAUCAGGGUUCUGUGGCUGAUGAGGCCGCCUGCUUUCACCUUCCAAAGCCAUCAGCCACAGAAGUAUGUACUGUUACACCAUGUGGACAGUGGAAGGCCAUGGAAUGGAGCUCAUGCUCUGUAACUUGUGGGCAAGGUAAGGUGACCCAGCAAGUAGUCUGCAUAGAUUACAGCGACCAGGUUGUUGAUCGGAGCGAGUGUGAUGCCGAAGAUGUCCCUGCAACGGAGCAAGAUUGCUCAAUGCCAUCAUGUCAACAGAUCAGUCCUGAGUACAACAGGCCAAUCCAUCCCUUCCCUUACCCUGAUGAUCAUCAAAAGAACAGCCAGGGUGGAAACGGGAACCGAAAUGAAGGUCAUGGGCACGUACAUGGGGGCAACCAGUGGAGAACUGGCCCAUGGGGAGCAUGUUCCAGUACAUGUGCUGGUGGAUUCCAACGGCGGGUCGUGGUGUGCCAGGAUGAAAAUGGAUAUACUGCCAGUAAUUGUGAUGUAAGAAUGAAGCCAGAUGAGCAAAGAUCUUGUGAAUCAGGGCCCUGCCCGCAGUGGGCCUAUGGCAGCUGGGGUGAGUGUACAAAGCCGUGUGGUGGAGGAACCAGAACAAGACUGGUUGUGUGCCAGCAUCCCAACGGAGAGAGAUUUACUGAUCUGAGCUGUGAAAUCCUUGACAAGCCACCGGACCGUGAGCAGUGCAAUAUGCAGGAUUGCCUUCGUGAUGCCACCUGGAAUACUGGUCCUUGGAGCUCGUGUUCUGUCUCUUGUGGACGAGGGCAGAAGUACCGAGAAGUGUAUUGCUUGUUGAAGGAUGGGAAGCAUUUAGAAAACAAUCUUUGCAAACAUCUGGCUAAACCGAAUGUGCAAAGAAAGUGUAGAGGUGGCAGGUGCCCAAAGUGGAAAACAGGAGACUGGGGACAGUGUUCAGUGUCCUGUGGGAGAGGAGUUCAGCAGAGAAGCAUCUUCUGCCACCUUGGUACUCACAAAACAACUAGAGGCAUUGAAUGCAAUCAAUCCAGCAGACCAGCUUCUGAACAAGAGUGCCACACUGCUGAAUGUACUUCCUACAAUUGGAAAACAGAGGAUUGGCAAGAUUGUAGCAAAACAUGUGGUGAAGGCUCCAGAUAUCGCAGAGUGAUCUGUAUGGAUCAAAAUAUGCAAGAAGCUGACGGCCUUCGCUGUGAUUCAAGCAAGAGGCCACCUGAUAUUGAAACCUGCAACUUGCCACCAUGCGAGUACAUUUGGAUUACAGGUGACUGGUCAGAGUGCUCUGUAACGUGCGGCAAAGGCUACAAGCAAAGACUGGUUUCCUGCAGCGAAAUUUACACUGGGAAGGAUCAUUAUGAGUACGGUUAUCAGAACACAGUCAACUGUCCAGGCACACAACCACCAAAUGUGCAGUCAUGCUAUCUAGGCGAGUGCCCAGUUUUGGCAUCAUGGAGAGUUGGAAAUUGGGGAAGUUGUUCAGUGAGUUGUGGAAUUGGAAUAAUGCACCGGUCAGUCCAGUGCCUUACAAACAAUGACCAAGUGAGCCUCUUGUGCCUUGAUGAUCUGAAACCUGAAGAAAGAAGGGCAUGCCACAAUAUACAUGACUGUGAAUUACCAACAAGCUGCAAAGAAGUAAAAAGGCUCAAAGUUGUCACAGAUGAUGGAGAAUAUUACCUUAAAGUUAAAGGAAAGCCCUUAAAGAUUUAUUGUGCUGGCAUGGAAUCUGUCAGGCCGAAGGAGUAUGUGACUCUGGCAAAUGGUGAUGCAGAGAAUUUCUCAGAAGUAUACAGCUAUAGAUUACAUAACCCGACUGAAUGUCCAUAUAAUGGAAGCAGAAGAGAAGAUUGCCAAUGUAGGAAAGAUUACACAGCAGCUGGGUUUUCCACCUUCAGCAAAGUAAGGCUGGACCUGAACACUAUGCAGAUAAUAACAACCGAUUUACAGUUUGCACAAACACUUGAUGGACGACCUGUACCUUUUGCCACUGCUGGGGAUUGCUAUAGUGCAGCCAAGUGUCCACAGGGUCACUUUAGCAUCAACCUCUCUGGAACUGGCCUGUCGGUAACACAAACAUCAAAAUGGCUUUCUCAAGGGAAUUAUGCAGUUUCCGAAAUUAUAAAAUCGCCAGAUGGUACCAAAGUAAUAGGGAAAUGUGGUGGUUACUGUGGAAAAUGUACUCCAUCAUCUGGAACUGGCCUCGAUGUACAAGUGUUGUAGCAAUGGGCUUCUGAAUGCCGGGAACUGAAGCGAGUCAGAUGAAGGAUAAUGAAGCAAUACCUCUGCCUUCCAUUUUUGUACUUCUUCCUCUCUGUGUGCAUCUGAAUGUGUGUGUGUGUGUACCCAUGUGUGUGUGUGUGUGUGAAUAUAUAUAUAUAUAUUCUUAAUGUUGUAAAGUAUAAUAUUUAUGUCUGGAAUUAUUUAUUUUUGAUUUAAUAUUUUUGUACGUAAAAUGUUUAUGUUAAGGCUACUUACCCUAUUUGUUUGUUUUAAAUUUAAAAACCUUGCAGUCGCACCACUGCAUUUUACGUACUCUACAUUAUAUGUAGCAUUAUGACAAAAGUGAUACUUUUAUUGUCACUGUACUCAAUUGUUUACUUUCAGUCAGUAAUUUCUCUUCUUGUUACAGGCUGCACUGAACUUUGUAAGGUGCUAAAUGGUUUGCAUUGGGGUAUUUUUGGCAUUUUAGAAUCGUAUUUUUUUCUCAUGAGGAAGUUUUUUCUCAUGAGAUAAGUAGUAUGAGUAUUUAUUAGUAUUAGUAAACUCACAAGGCAACCAGUGCUGUGCGGGGACUCCAUGAAUACUCAUUAUGAUAUAGUAGCUUUACCAAUAUGACCUCUUUUGGCCAGUGCUACCAGCCACUGGUCUGGUGCUAACAUUAUAAUUAUUAACAUCUGCUCGGCUUUAAAAGCGGAAUCCUGUGGCACACUACAUAGCAGUGGAGGAUGUGUAAGUGACUUAUGGUAAACUGACAAUGGGUUCAAAUGUUUAGUGUGAGGCAGUGAUUUUUUUAAAAGUGAAUUUUCUUAUUUUCAGAAGUUCAUAAAGGGUUCCUUCUUCAAGAUCUGUAAGUAGAAGACUUGCCUGCCACUAUUAAGCUUACAGUGUGCAGCUACAGGUGUGUUCUAGGGCAGUGAUGCCCAAACAUUUUUCCCCACAGACGACUUGAAAAUUGCUGAGCGUCUUGGUGGAUCACUUAACCGUUUUUCUGCCUAUUGUAGCAAUUAUAAUGCACUGUGCUAGGUGCUGUGUGAUUUUUAAUUGUAUUUUUUAUUUCUUUUAUUUCUUACAUUGUAUUUUAUGGUAUUACACUUUGAAUUCCAUAGAAUUCAAACUGAAUAUAAGAAAUAAAAGAAGCAAUAAAAAUACAAUUAAAAAAUCAAUAUGAAUAUUUAAUGCCAACACAUUGCAGGCCACCUGAAUAUAGCCUGCGGACCACAGAUGGUCCACAUACCAUAGUUUGGGAACCCCUAUUCUGGGAUGUACUCUCAGGCUGCAAGGGGCAACACUGAGAGCUCCUGUAUGACCAAGAACGUGCACAAAAAUCUUUUGUCCUGGGGUCCUGUGGCAGACAUGAUGAUAGAGAAACAGUUCUCUCCUCAAGUGGAGGUGGUCAUCAAGACUGGGAAUGGCCCUACCUUCCAAGGCCAGGAGAUGAUCUCCUUGCUUCUCCUGGAGGAGGCAGAGCCUCUUCUUUUCAAUCCCCAGCCAACGUCCUGACUCAUGGCUGGGAAGCAGACUCCAUUGGGGCUCCAGCAGUUAGAAAGAGGGCCAAGAAGAAGGAAGUUAAAGAAAAGAAAAAGAAGCACCAAAGACGAAUACAAACAAAUAGCCAAAGCUUGUAGGGAAAACGCCAGGAAAGCUAAACUUCAGAAUCCGCUUAAGCUGGUGAGAGAUGUUAAAAAUAACAAAAAUUGGGGGUGGGGCGGUGGGCUAUGUUUGGAACAACAGGAAGAACAAGGAAGUGGUAGGUCUGCUAUGUGGAGAAAUGUUAGCAGGCGACAGAGAAGGCAGAGCCGUUCAUUACUACUUUGCCUCAGUCUUCCCCACAAAGAAAACUGCUCAACCUGGCAAAAAUAGGCCAUUUUUGAGAACAUAAGAAGAGCCCCGUUGGAUCAGACCAGUAGCCCAUCUAGUCCAGCCUCCUGUUCACAUGGUGGCCAACCAGAUGCCCAUGGGAAGUCUGUAAAUUGGACCUGAGUACAAGAGCACUCUCCCCUCCCGUGUUUUCCAGCAACUGAUAUUCAGAAGCAUACUGCCUCCGACCAUGGAUGACAACAAGGCAGGCACCAGCUGAGCCUUUCAGGGGUGGGGGGAGGCAUUUCAAAGUUAGGGCGCUGCUACUUCAAAUAUUUGAAAGGCCAUGACAUAAAUGAUGGAGCAGAUUGGUUUUCCGUUGCUCCAAAGGGUAAGGCUUGAGCCAAUUGAUUCAAAUUCCAACAAAAAGUGUAGGCAUUCAGAAGAAUUUCCUGAUGGAAUGACUCUUUUGAGAGUGGAAUAGACUGCCUCGGAAAGUGGUGAACUUUCCUUUAUUAGAGGUUUUUAAGCAGAGGUGAUGUAGUACAGGAUUUCCUGCACCAGCAUAGGUUGAAUAAGUGGACCUUUGAGGUCCCUUCCAACUCUAAGGUUCUAUGAUGCUAUAAAAGAAGCUUAGUGUUGCAAGGCUUCCUGUGGGGAAAUCAGUCACUGUUUCAUCCUGGCCUGGCACAGGGACACUUGGGGAAGACAACUGCUUCAACACAAUUGCAGUUGGAUCAAGGCCAAUGUGUAGAGAAGUCACCUAUGGAUAAAGUUGUGAUUCCCCUUCCACCACACACAUGCUUCAGAAACCAGUAAAUGUAAAGGAUAAACUUAACUACAUAGAUUUCAAUUUGCUAACUGCUUUAAAAGCAAAACUGUGCCACCACAUUCCUUGUGUAAUUGCAUGCCAGUAUCUUGUGUGUAAAAAGCAGCUGAGCGGCAGAGCACAUGCUUUGCAUUAAUAAGGUCAGUCUGGAGAACUACUGCUAGUCAGAGUAUACAGUAUUGAGCCAGAUACAUGAAUGGUUUUAAUGUAAGGCAGCUUCAUAAUGGUUCAUAUGUCUCCAGGCAGAAAUCUUAGGGGAGAUAUUAUAGCUCAGUAGUAAAGCAUAUGCUUUGCAUACGGAAGAUUUUGGGUACAGUCUCUCAUAUCUCCACUCAAAUGAAUCUCAGGUAGUAACAGCUGAAAAAGACUGCUUCCUUAAAGAAUUGCUGCCAGUCUAAGUAAACAAUAUUAAACAAUAUUGGGCUAAAUAAAUCCGUACAUUGCAAGGAAGCUUCAUAUGUUCACACCCAUUAUCUGAACUUCUUUCUAAAAGUUUUCGUUUUUAGUUGUUCAGAUUAAUGAAGUUGCACGUCAUUGGCUCCACAGGUAGCAAUACAUACAUCAUUUUAGUAUAGAUAUCACAAGAACUGAAUGAAUUCAUAGGCAGGCUAAUACAGGCUAGAUACAUUUUUUUGCUUUAAGAAUGCAUUUUACAAAGUUUGUGUAAUUUUUAAAGGAAAUGCCAAAAAUACCAUUUCAAAGUACAUUCUGUGAAAACCCAUGAGUAGUUUAAAGGAGUAGUGAUUUUAAAAAAAACCACCACUCAUCCUUAAAAAAUCUUCUGUAGGGAAAAGGUAAAAUUGCACUAUAAGCAUUAGGACAAAGACAAUGGUGCUUAAUUGAUACUUAGAAAAUUUCAAUCUGCUUGCUUUUUUCAGUAAUGAAGUGACUGAAUAUUUAUACAAAGAAAUAUUAUUUUUUAACAGUGUAUACAUUCCUUUAUAUCAUGAAGUAGCAUAAUGGCUAUCAACAGUGCAAAGAAAAAGCCUUAAAAUUAUGAAAUGAAAUAUAGGGAAAUUGUUGCUAAGAUACUACUUUUUAGUGUGACUGAUGGGGUUUUUUUACAAAAGGAGGACCAUUGAAUGAUUCGACAGUUCUUGUAAAGUAAAUACAUAAUUAUUGAUCUUUUGUACCAAUGCCGUUAUUUUUUAUGAAAAUAACUCUUGCAAGCACUUUUGUUAUUUUGCUUCAUUCUUUCUUUUUUAUUAUUAUUAUUUCUUUCAUUUGGACCAUCAAAAAGAAUACAAAAAGGUGUUUUACAUUUGUGUGAUCUUCCUUUGUUUACCAGCAUCACCCUUAAUUGCCUGUGUGCUAUCCUAGAGACAAAAUACAAUGUAC